UCACCGUUUGCCUGGUUAUUCCCGAUUUUCUCCUUUUUUAAUACUACCAAACGCUUUACUCUGCUCCCGCCGCCAUAAAAUGCCUCGCUGUUUAAUGGCUAAGAAAUGGAAAGCAUAUCCUUGGCUCGAUCGUAUUGACGACACGCAAGCAGCCACAGGUGAGGCUACCGUAAAAGAAUCCCAGGAGCCUAAUGUAAACAUCGAAUUGGUGCCUAAGCAUAGUGUUGCACGUUCACCAAGUCCGAGCAGCACACAACAAUACAGAAGAUCAUCAAAAUCGCGUCGUUCCACUAUAGAUGAUGAUGAGGAAAUCGAUGUAGUGGGGGAUAAUGCGGCAGCAGUAGCAGCUCUUGCUGGCGUGAUUGGUACAACUGUAGCAACAGCUACUGAAAUACAAAAUAACGGUAAAGCUGAUCUAUCAGUCCAGCGCACAAUUCCGACAGCUGCAACAACCACUUCGAAUACGUCUGGCAGCAGCAGCAUCGGACCAACACCCACGGCUACGUGCUGGGGUCCUUCAUCGCCGACGGCGGGUACUACAGCUCCAAGUCCACCACCGCACUCACCCGAGGCGGCAACUCGAGGUGCAACAGCGCUGUAUAACGGUUUUGGACAUGACACUUCACCCAUGCACUACACAGCGUACCUGCCCAGAAUGGAAAACGGUGAAGUUACUGUAAUUACGAAUGCCGGUGCAGCCGUUGCGGCAACUGCUGCUGCUGUCGUUACUGGCCAUCACAAUCUGCCGUUACCGCAUACGCCCCAUAAUUAUUCGUCAUUCGUACACACACCGCCGCCUUCGACCGCUUCUUCGCCCUCAGCAUCUCCGUCGAGUCAUUCCAGUUCGGUGACAGCGUCCAACAACAGCAGUAACGACCGCCUUAGUCCGCCCAUACGCAUUAAGUCAGAGUCGCAAAACGAUGACCAAUUUCAGCACAACAUUCAGACGAGUUCCGAGUCGAGCGCAUUGCGGAAUAAAUCGUUGGCUAUGUGCUUCACCAGCACUGGCGCUGCACUAUCGCUCCCUCCAAAAAAGAAGGACAUUUACCGGCCAUAUUCGCUUGAUGAUAGGCCAAGUGUGGAACGUUUGCGAUCCCCAUAUGAGAGUUUGCGUAUACCAGCUGAGGAGGAUUUGCAUGCUGCUCACGCAAUACUCGAUUUGAGUGCUUCCACAGCCUUCCAUCCGCCAACACAGCCACAUCAACUACAGCACGUCCAGCAAUUACAACAGCCACCCUCGCCGCCAUUACAACUCCACCAGUUGCACCAUCACCAGCAUCCGCUGCACCACGUAACUCACGCCAUUCAGUUGCAACAACAACAGGAAGUGGCACAUCACAAUGGACCAUCCAUUGCGGAUUUGGCAGCAGCAGCUAGUGUGGCAAACGAACAGCGGCCAAGGAGUACCGCUUCUAUAAAUAGUAUGUUGAGCGCAACUGAUAGUGACCGACAGCCAUGUUCGCCGGCAAGCAGCGUCCAAAAUGAAAACAGCAAUACAACCAACCAGCUGACAUCUAUCCAAUCGCCCACGGGUGGUUGUGGAAACAAUGGUUCAAAUAAGACCGUGGCCUAUACCUACGAAGCCUUUUUUGUAAGCGACGGUCGCUCGAAGCGCAAACAUGUAGCCGAUCCCGCGGCUAUAGUACAGCAAGAUCAGCAGAAGGCCAAAUAUACAUGUACCGAAUGCGGAAAACAGUAUGCCACGUCGAGUAACCUUUCUCGCCACAAACAGACACAUCGUUCACUCGAUUCGCAGUCGGCGAAAAAGUGCCACACCUGCGGCAAAGCGUACGUCUCGAUGCCGGCACUUGCAAUGCAUUUGCUUACGCAUAAACUAUCGCACAGCUGCGACGUUUGCGGCAAACUUUUUUCGCGCCCCUGGCUUCUACAGGGCCAUUUGCGUUCGCACACUGGUGAAAAGCCAUAUGGCUGCGCACACUGCGGCAAAGCAUUCGCAGACCGUUCUAACUUAAGAGCGCACAUGCAGACACACUCGAUCGAUAAAAAUUUCGAAUGCAAGCGCUGCCGUAAAACAUUCGCGCUCAAGUCGUACCUCAAUAAACAUUUAGAGUCCGCGUGCCUCAAAGACGAAGCGGACAUGCAGUUCGACAGCGCCAGUGAGUCCAGCAACGGCAUGGUGUCCCCACCACCCUCCCUAGAAGACUACCCACUGACGCCGACGACGCCGCAGCAGCGACGAUACAUCAGCACUUCGCCAACACCGUCGGCGGUAAAGAUUGGCAGUAUAAGUGCGCUUACGAUACCAACGCCCGUAGCAGCAGCCGCGGCGGCAGCAGCUAAAAUUGUGAAGGUAGAAGCGACCUUCGUCGGCUAAAAUCAACAUUGAAAUGAAAAGAAGGAAAACAUAAAGCAGUUAAGUGGCCCUUUGGUGCAAUUGUAAGUAAUAGUUAAGAGCAAGCAGGUAGUUAAGAGUGGAAAAGUUCAGAAAGUUGAAGUGCAAAAGUUACGGUUUUGUUGCAAGCGAUUGUGUGGCAUAUCGACGCGUAUACAAAGCUAGCUGAAAUCAUUGUAAAUUAACCCUUUUGGGGUUGGCAGAAUUACCAGUGACAGUAUGAAUAGAUUUAAAGCUAUUUAAUAUUAUAUUAAUUUAAUUUGUAAAAAAUUAGUUGCAAUUGUUAUAUAAUUAUUUUCUGUUCUUCAUUACUUAUUUUAGUAAAUAUCUGUACAAUUGACCACACGCUGAAUACACGAGACAUCACAAAACGUCCACAAAAUUAAGAAUACUCGAUAAAUACAUUUACAAAAUGCAAAACAAAAUAUAUAAGGUUAAAGAAGUAGAAGUUAGUUUUAAAAAGAAUAGUAGACAACAUAGUCAUUAAGUAGUAGGAGUUUCACAAGGCAACAGCAUUUCUAAGCACCACUAAUAUAGCACACCAGCAGUGGAGUCUUAGCGUGUAAAUCUGAAGUAAAACACUAACUGCACUGGAACGUGCGCACUCAUGCUCAUACUCAUAUUCUAGAAAGCAUUGCAACUCUUUCAAUGGAAAUUUUUCAUUGUCAUACAUUGUCAAAUACAUUUGUACAAAGAAUAUUUAUAGUAAUGUUAAUAUAGUUAUGAUUAGCACUUUCCCACACUUCAUGAAUUGGAAACUAGAUUUUAUUAGUCAUCAAAUGAACGCUUUCUCUCGAACUACGAGGAACUUCUAACACUGUUCCAUUGCAUACUUUAUUAAGUUAGACACAUAUACACAUACAUGCAUAUAUCAUCCAAAUGGUGGGGUUCGGCCCACUUAAAUCAUCAACUGAAAAAUACCAAGUAUCCACACUAACCCAAGCAGAAGCGUGUUAAACAGUAAACGCAAUCGUGAUUUACAAAGCAACGAAUAUAAAAUUUUGAUGAAAACAAAGAGCAAUGUUUCGCAUACAACGAAUUAGGCUAUAAGAAUUGAAGAUUUUUACAAUUUUAAGCAGCCUAAGAAAUUUGCAAAUUUUAAUAGUAUACAUAAAAUUUUUAUAGACACACCAACAUUAGUAAAUAUAUUCCGCUAAUUAAGUAGAAUAUAAAACCGCAAGUCAUAAUCACAUCUACAUAGAAACAAGGAGCAAUAUAAGGAACUGCGGAAACACGGAAAAAUAACCACAACGAGCAAUAAAACUGUGUUAAGAUCAAAUUUGAAAAUUACGUGCAAACACUCGCCUAAGUUAUA